GACCCCCAGGCCUACUUAUAACUCACAGUGUGCCGUGGCCAACGGUCGAAGAUGUGGCUAAGGAGUGGUUGCGCUUCUGUGGUGAAAAGCAUCCACGGUGUCCACCUUGGGGACCGGCCGCUUCCAACACGCGUGAUUGAUGUAGGUAAAAAAGACUCCUCGCAGGUGCGCCUUGUUAUAUCCCACGGGCAUCUCGACCGCUACAUUGCGCUGAGCCACUGUUGGGGCCACCGCCAGCCGAUUAUUACUACCAAAGACAACCUCGAUAGACAUGUUAGAGAGGGAAUUAAGAUUAGCGACUUGCCCCAGACGUUUCGCGAUGCAAUCGAAGUGGUGCGGGCACUCGGUUUCCAGUAUCUGUGGAUUGAUUGCCUGUGCAUUAUUCAGCGAGAUGACGAAGACUGGCAAAAAGAAGCCGCGCGGAUGCCAGAGGUCUAUGCGAACGCCGCGGUGACAAUGGCGUCGUGCUCGUCCUGGACUCCGUCGGCUGCUAUUUGUCAGUUCAAUGUCCAGUGGAACAAUGCAGGUUCUCCGACGACAAUUGCGAUUUAUGAGCAAUCUGUGGAGAAUGCCUGGCACGAGCACUUCUAUCCAGAAGACGGCUGGCCCUGGAACUCGAGGGCCUGGACACUCCAAGAAAGCCUCUUGUCUGCACGGAUCCUGUAUUUCGCCAGCGGUAAGCUUUUCUAUGAGUGCAACACGGCGCGGUUCUCACGUUCCUGCACUUCUCCGUUACCACUUGAAUCUUUCCACGAGGAUUCCACCAUCGUUACGAAGACCGCGUUGCAGGAGCUUGACGUCCAUGCGCUAAUGGGCAUGUGGUACCGCAUUGUUGCCGAUUACAGCCGCCGACACCUGACCAAGGGACAGGAUCGUUUCGCUGCGAUAUCAGGUGUUGCGCGCAUUAUUGCAGAGAGGGUGAGAAGCGAGUACUGGGCUGGGUUGUGGGCGUCGGAAUUCGUCUACGGGCUCCUG